AGAUAUAGCCAUCCAUGCAGAGACUGGCAGCGCACUAAUCUUCACAGUCAUUUGAGACUACCACGGACACCUUUUGGCAAUGAAGUUCGCAUUUCCGCUGCGCCUACAGAUGUAUCUGAAUACUCUCAAGGACAAUCGAACUACGGGUACGACUACUAUGAUCAUCCUACGGCUCAGACCUCACGCGGUGCCGACCACUCACCUCAGAUAUCACCUAUAUUGGAGCCUACAAACCCUGACGGGCGGAAUUCGAUGCGAAGUGUGUCGCCUAUUCGAGAACCUUUAUCAGCAACAAUAUUUCCGCAAACCCCGGAGCAGUUGCAGUCGAAGUGGUCGCCUAACACUGCUUCACCGGAGUCUACCUUCACACAUAGAUCAACAAUGCCGGUACAGUCAAAGUUUUCACCAGUGUCGACUAUAUCUCCACAGUCAAAGCGUUCUGGUAGAUCCGUUGCCGUACCUGAGUCAAAGUUCUCGGCCCAUUCGACCCCGCAAUCUAAUUACUCUCCUCAAUCAACUUUUGCGCCCGUACCGCGAUAUACAGGUUUCAUUGACAACCGUCGCCCUCGACCAUCAAGCCUCGCCGAUUCUCUCACCACGGUCAACACAAAGAAUACGACUGCAACAACCCGUAAACCGGUACCCCACCGUGUUGCUUCUUCGACAGCUGCCUCCAUCAUGACCAACGCAACCGCGAAAGCCCUGCCACCACCACCAAUGGACCUCGAUCCCAAAGAUCGCAUUGCAAACCUUGAAGCACGCAUGGGUGAUUUAUAUGUUCAGAAGAGCAAUAUCACCCGAAUCAUUGCCGAUCUCAAAGAGACGAAACCGCAGAACCCUCUGCUCUCCGAUAUCGCGAAAAGGAGAGAAGAUGAAAGAAGAUUGCAGGAAUUGGAGGAGCAGCUGCACAACAUCGUAAGCGAGGAACAUGAGACGGGGGUCAGUCUGAGUAGGGCGUGGAGAAAACGCGAUGAGGAGAACCCGGAGUUUUCGUCGAGCGUCUUGUGGAUUCACAGGGUCACCUCAUAACGGCAUUCGUUGGAGAACAUAGGAGCCCUUUAGC